CGAUGGCUGCUGGGGGAGAGACGGCCCAUCAGCUGGUGGACCAGAUGGCGGGGCCGUUCGAGGAGGUGGCCGUCUACUUCUCCCGCCAGGAGUGGGCAGAGCUGGCGGGCUGGCAGCGGCGGCUCUACCGGGAGGUGAUGCUGGACACCUACGGAAUGCUCGCCUCGCUGGGUUGCGCUGCCAUCAAGCCUGAGAUCAUCUGCAGGCUGGAGCGAGGAGAGACGCCGUACUUGCCAGACCCUCCCGGGGCACAGAAAAGGCACCGCAGCCCUGUGCCAGGCGGGUCCCAGGCAUCCAUUGUGGCUGUGUGGAGUUCCUCCAGCAGGGGUUUGGGGGUCUCUUCCCAAGAUGAACCAAGCAGGAGCUCGGAAGGCCCAGAAGAGCACCCUCACCCUCCUCUUGGCCUGGCCCCCCAGCCGCUGGAGAAGACCCCCCUCACAUGCCCUGAAAGCAAUAAGAGCUUCAGGAGCCAGAGUGCCGCCCACAAGAAGAUCCACACGGGUGAGCGCCCCUUCACCUGCACCGACUGCAGUAAGAGCUUCAGCUGGAAGAUCGACCUCAUCAGACACCAGCGCAUCCACACAGGCGAGCGCCCAUUUCACUGUGCUGACUGUGGAAAGAGCUUCCGACUGAAGCAACUCCUGAUCAUCCACCAGCACACCCACACUGGUGAGCGCCCCUUCAUCUGCAUGGAGUGUGGCAAGAGCUUCAGCUGGAAGCAACACCUGACCAAGCACCAGCGCAUCCACACAAAUGAGCGUCCCUUCUCCUGUACCAGCUGUGGCAAGAGCUUCAAAGACAAGAGCAACCGGACCAAACACCAGCGCAUCCACACUGGUGAGCGCCCCUUCAUCUGCAUGGAGUGUGGCAAGAGCUUCACCCAGAAGAACAACCUCAUCAGACACCACCGCAUCCACACAGGUGAGCGCCCGUUCACCUGCACCGAGUGCAACAAGAGCUUCAGAGAGAAUAGCGCGCUCAUAGCCCACCAACGCAUCCACAGUGGUGAGAAGCCGCACAACUGUGAGGUGUGCAACAAGACUUUCAGGCAGAAAUUUGACCUGAAGAGACACCAGCGGGUCCACACGGGAGAGUGCCCCUUCACCUGCACCGACUGCGGCAAGAGCUUCAGCCAGAAGAGCUCCCUGAUCAGGCACCAGCGCAUCCACACGGGUGAGCGCCCCUUCACCUGUGCUGACUGCGGCAAGAGCUUCAGCCAGAAGAGCAGCCUGAGCAAGCACCAGCCCGUCCACACUGGCGAGCGCCCCUUUGCCUGCAGCCACUGUAACCACUGCUUCAGCCAGAAGCAACACCUGGUCACCCACCAACGCAUCCACACUGGAGAGCGUGCCUUUGCCUGCACGAGCUGUGGCGAGACCUUCGCCCAGAAGAGCUCUCUCAUCAAGCACCAGCGCAUCCACACCAGAGCAUCCGGCUUUGCCUGUGCCGAGUGCAGCAAGAGCUUCAGCCACAAGGGCAACCUCCUCAGACACCAGCACAUCCACACAGGCAACCGCCCCUUCGCCUGUGCUGACUGCAACAAGAGCUUCAGUGAGAAGGGCGCCCUGAUCAGACACCAGCACACCCACAGCAGAGAGCGCCCCUUUGCCUGCACUGACUGCAACAAGAGCUUCAGAGAGAAGGGCAACCUCAUCAGACACCAGCACACCCACAGGAGUGAGCGCCCCUUUGCCUGUACCGACUGCAACAAGAGCUUCAGAGAGAAGAGCGCCCUGACCAGACACCAGCAAAUCCACACCAGCGAGCGCCCCUUUGCCUGCACUGAUUGCGGCAAAAGCUUCAGCUGGAAGGACUCCCUGACCAAGCACCAGCGCAUCCAUACAGGCGAGCGCCCCUUUGCCUGCACUGACUGCAGCAAGAGCUUCAGCUGGAAGGGUGCCCUGAUCAGCCACCGGCGCACCCACACCGGUGAGCGGCCCUUCACCUGCACCAGCUGUGGCAAGAGCUUCAGCUGGAAGCGCGCCCUGACCGUUCAUCAGCGCAGCCACACCGGUGAACGUCCCUUUGCCUGCUCAGAGUGCAACAAGAGCUUCAUUUGCAAGGGCGACCUCAUCAUUCAUCAGCGCAUCCACACGGGUGAGCGCCCCUUCACCUGCGCUGACUGCAGUAAGAGCUUCAGCCAGAAGAGCUACCUGACCAGGCACCAGCGCAUCCACACCGGUGAGCGUCCCUUUGCCUGCACCACCUGUGGCAAGAGCUUCAGCCAGAAGGGCGACCUGACCAUUCACCAGCGCAUCCACACCGGCGAGCGCCCCUUUGCCUGUGGCCACUGUGACCUCCGCUUCAGAUGGAAGAAAUCCUUGGUCACUCACCAGCGUCUCCACACUAGCGAGAAGCCCUAGAAAUGUGGUAUGCCAAGACCUAUAGGCAGAAGCAGAACCUGAAUAAUCAACACUGGGUGCAGUGGGACCUGUGGGCAGCUGUAGGGCGAUGACAGGAUGGGGGUUGUCCUUCUCAGGACUGAAAAGUGAUGGUGAACUCACCGGGCACUGGAGAGAAUCAUAGAAUCACCAGAUUGGGAAAGACCUCUUGGUGAUUGAGUUUAGUCAUUCGUAUUGUCCCCAGGCUCUGGGCAGGAGAUCCAUGUGGAGAUCCCUGGAUCGAUGUCCCUGCUGGGAAAAGCAGUGGGGAUGGAGGGGGAAAGGUGGACUGCGGGCAUGGGUGGGGAAUGGCCAGGGUUUGGCUGGCAAGAGAAGCCGGGCCAAGAGUGAGUGGGCUCUGUCUGGUGUCAUUUUUCUGACACAGGAAAACAAAGAGGACGGGAUGGCAUGGCAUGGCAUAAGCUUUUUCAGUGGGAAGGGACCUGCAAGGCUCUGCCGGUCCAGCUGCCUGAGGACUUCAGGGCUGAGCAGCAGCUAAAGCACGGGAUUACAGCAUCCGCCAAAGGAAGGCAGGCCAGCUGCCUGGGUCCCUCCCCAGGAGGAUUGUUCUUCUAAUUGCAAAGCAAGUGGUCGAUAGGCACUUCUCCCCUUGGAGCCAUGGACUGACUUUAACCCCCUAUCACACACUGCUCCUUCCAUUCACGCCAGCAUCUUAACUUCUUCGCAGCCCCGUGGCACACUUCUCGGCACCUUGUUGUGCCAGUAUGCGUAUUUGUGCUCUGGGAUCUAAUAAAAUCGUUA